AAAAAAAGAAGAAAUGAAAAAAAUACUUCAAAUGAGUGGCGGUGGGAGCCGUGCGAGAGCGGCCGUGGGUGUCCAAAACAAGCGCACCUCCGCGUGACAUCAGCAUGUUUGUUUACGCGACGCCGCCUCGUCGGUUCGUCGGAGGAACUCGUCUGUCGGAGCCGCCGCUGUCUCCCGCACAGGGCGUGUAACGUUCGUUGUCACUGUUUGGUUUAGCGGUCGGCCCGCUGACUCCUAUUGUCAUUAAACAUGUCGGUGAAUGGACCCGGGCGAGGACGCGACUCCACGGACGCGAAGCGAGACGACGAACAGCGGUCAGAGGCGUCUUCGUCCGUUCCCAUGGACGUGGACGCCAAGUCCCUCGCCCACAGCUUCAGAUACAGCCUCGGUUUCCCCAGCAUCGGCCAGUGCAUCAUCAUCAACAACAAGAACUUCGAUAGAAGAACAGGCAUGAAUCAGCGAAAUGGGACGGACGUGGACGCAGCCAACGUGAUGAAAGUGUUUGCCAAGCUGGGUUAUAAAGUGAAGGUUUACAAUGACCAGACAGUCGAGCAGAUGAAACAGGUUUUAAUUACUGCGUCAAAGGACGAUCACAGCUCUUCGGCCUCGUUCGUGUGCGUUCUGUUGAGUCACGGGGAUGAGGGCGUGUUCUUCGGUACGGACGGCUCGGUGGAGCUCAAGUACCUCACGUCGCUUUUCCGAGGCGAUCGCUGCAAGUCACUGGUGGGGAAGCCCAAACUCUUCUUCAUCCAGGCUUGCAGAGGCACUGAUCUGGACGGAGGCAUUGAGACUGACAGUGUGGACGAUAGCACCACCAAGAUCCCCGUGGAAGCUGACUUCCUCUAUGCCUUCUCCACAGCCCCAGGCUACUACUCGUGGAGGAAUACCAUGACCGGGUCCUGGUUCAUCCAGUCACUGUGCGAUAUGAUCGGCAAGUACGGAAAAGAGCUGGAGCUCCAGCACAUCAUGACACGGGUGAACCACAAGGUGGCGGUGGAGUUCGAGUCUGUGUCCAAUGCGCCAGGUUUUGAUGCCAAGAAACAAAUCCCGUGCAUCGUGUCAAUGCUGACUAAAGAGAUGUAUUUCUCUCCUUGAUGUCUCCUCCUCCUCGCCAGAAGACUUUCAGCUCAGCAGAAGAAAAGUUUUGAGUGUUGUGUUAGUGAAUUUAUUGUAGUUUACACAUUGUGACUGAAUAUGACCUCAUCUUACAUAUAUUCCUGGGAGAGCAGAUGCAACAUUUGCUGUCAUUUCAUAAGCCUGGGAUUUUUGAGGUUCUCAUUGUGGUUUUGUUCUCAGACAUACAGAAUUAGCAGCAUGUUUUUUCUACACAUUUAACCCUAGAAUAAUUAUUUUUAAAACCAUGCAUGAAGUAGUCAUCAAAUAAAAACUUGCAGGGGGAAACAAAUGUAAGAGACCUUGUAAUUCCAAGCUCACUGUUUGUUACCAGUACACGCCUCUUCACUGUUUACACGAUACACAUUUCAGGGGGGAAAAAAUAUCGGGAGCCAGUUUGAUAGGAAGUUUUUGACCUUCUGCAUCUGUUUUAAUCAUGAAACCACCAACAACAUAUUAAUGAAGUAACUUUAGUCAAAGGGAGAUCCGUCAGGUCUUGUCAUUUGGGAUCAUGUGUUCAAUUUCUGUGCCAGUUUUUUCUUUUCUUCAUGUAGUCUUGAGAUCUGUGAGAUCCAUUGAGCUGUGUGGAGCCAGUAUCACUCGCACCCUGAAGGAAAAUUAAUGGAUCAUGUUGUGUAGCGGCACAUUCGGGAGCAUCUUGUGUGAACGUCAUGUAAGCUAUCUUUUUUUGGUUUGUUUUUUUUGUUUUAAGGCUAAGAAUGAGAAUGUUUUUCAUAAUCUGUUUUCUAAACAUUGGAUUUUUUGUUGCCUGUGAAUUAGUGGGCACACAGGUGUCUUCAUUGCGUGCACGAGUAAAGCCAGUCAACCUCCGCGAUGCUCUUAUCUCAGAUACAUUGUGAUGAGUUAUUCCUGUACUGGAACUCAUCUUUCUUAUUUAGCUGUGGUUCCUGUUUCUUUGGUGUGUUUUUUUAAAUGUGUAACAGCCAACUUCUUGAAGAAAAACAAACCUCCAAUGGACUGUUAUAGAAAAAAGUGUGAGUCAAACUUUUCUAUGUAACCACCAGGAUUGAGUGAUUUUAUUUUUAAGUUCUCAUAAAGGUCCCUGGUAAUUUUUUGAUCUGAAAUGACCGCUCUCAAUGUUUCCAGCAAACAUUUGUGCAUUUAAAAUGUAUCACAAGUCCUAUCGAUAUACUCCAGUUUGCUGUGACUAUCACUUAUUUGUAACAUCACUGUUUUGCAAGAAGCUGAAAGUGUGGCUGGUGUAAUGUUUUUCCUCAGGAAUAAAGACCACUUUUCACUUUU